CAUCCAUCGUGGUCUAACAAUCUUCUAGUACAAGGAUGCACAACUUCGGAAUCUUCUUCUGGGCACUAGCUGCCUGUAUCCUGCGGCAAGGAUUAUUCGCGGAGGAUCAGUCGGGGUACAUUUGCCUGAUUGAGAAUCCAGAACAAAAUCAGUGCGACAGCAUUUGUCUUACUGAAGUGAGCCCACGGCUUAGCGAAAUCGUCCAGGCCCAGAACGAAGGGAAUACGAACACCCGUGAUGCUGUCAACGAAAUCAAAUCGAAGCUGGAGACAUUGGAGGUGAAUAUAGGAGAAGUGCAGCUGAGGGAACGACUACGAAGCGUGGAAAAUACGCUGAAUAGACGACUACAAGGAGUGGAAUCUAAGCUGGAAAGACAUCUUCAGGAGAUGCAAACCAAGGUGGAGGCUAAACUGGCAAAAAGCCUGCAUGAGGUAAAUACCAAGCUGGAAGGACAACUACAAGGACUUCAGGAGGGGCAAACCAAACUGGAGGCUCAUCAAACCAAGAUGGAGGCUAAACUAGAAGACAGUCAGCUUGCGGUGAAGACCAAGCUGGAAGGACAAUUACAAGGAGUGGAAAAUAAGCUGGAAGGACGACUUCAGGAGGUGCAAACGAAACUGCAGGCUAAACUGGAUGAAAGUGUCCAAGCGGUACAAAAAAUGAUUGAAAACCAACUUCAGCUUGUUGUAAAUCAACUGCAGGCAGUGCCGAACAAGAUAGAUGCAGCCAAGGUGGAAACUCAAGUACAUCCCAUAUCGAAUAAGACGGCAGCCUCCGAACAAGCAGCCAAGGCAGCAGUCCCUGCUUCAGCCACGACUACGAUACCAUCUGGAUUCGAGCUAAUAGGUACCAGAUAUUUUAGAAUUGUAUAUGAAAGAGUGGAAUGGCGGACUGCUAUGACAAGGUGUCGUGAGAUGGGAGGUUACUUAGCCGCCUUUCGAAAUGAAGAAGAAAUUAACGCCAUUACACCAAAACUUGACUGGAAUGGGAACUAUUGGCUAGGCAUUAAUGAUCUAGUUAUUGAGGGCUACUUCGUAUCUGUUGCCUCAGACAAGCCCGCACAAUUUUUAAAGUUUUGGCGAAAAUCAGACGACAAAUAUCAUGACCAUAACUGCGUCUAUUUGCGUAAUGGGGGAAUGUUAGACGCCUUUUGUAAUCGUUUUAUGUCUUUUAUUUGCCAGGCGGACAAUGAAACUUAG